UCAAUCAAAGUUCCCUUCUCUGUCAGAGGGACAAAUUGUGGAACCUUGUAUUCUGGGGUUGAUUUUUGUCUGCUGGUUUAUCUAAAUGUCUUGUAAGUAUGAACAAUAAUAUCCUACUAUUUUCUAAAAGAUAAAUAAAACUCAAUGUCCAAAUGUGGCAGUAUUUCCUGCCACACCAGUCGACUAGCUUUCAGGCACUCCCUUAUGCUUGUCCCAUCGACUACGCUCACGGCGUAAUCUCCAUCUCCAAUCAUCGCUGUCCCUUUAAUUGUCCCCGCCGCCGUGGGAGAGAGUUUGCGCGUGCUUGUGGCCCGACAGCAGGAGAGGUCGAGAGAAUGCUGGGACCGUGGAGCUCGCGCCAAUGGACUUGGACACGAGCUGGGCUUUCCGGUGAUGGAGAAGGGCCGGUCUGUUGACGGUAUCCAUGGUACCCUCCAGUGUGGCAGUGAGCUCCAGAAUAGUGACCAGCCUGUACGAGAGAUCAGCAGCCUGCUGUGUUGGAACUGUGACUGUCUCCAACCACCAGUGACAGAGACGAAUGGCAGCGAGUAAAACAAAUCCUAGUCCAAAAACAUAAGGAUCCCGAGGACAAGAAAGACGGCACCUCGUUAGACACUUGUUUUUCUUUCUGAGCAUGUAGCUGCCAUGUUUCCACAUUAGAAUCCAGCCGUCAUCAGAGCAGGAUGCAUGACAGUGCCAGGAGCACUGGGCAUGGAGAGGGCAGCUCCGCACGAUCAACUAAGUUACAGAAGAACCCGAAGCAGGGGUACCGUAAACUUGGCGUGGCUAGUGGGUCCGGGUCAAAGUCGGCCGGGACAGGGUCAGGGGGUAAAACCUUGUCUAUGGAGAACAUCCAGUCCCUGAACGCAGCCUACGCCACCUCUGGCCCCAUGUACCUAAGUGACCGCGAUGCCUUGGCCUCCUCCGGGGGCUACCCUAAAGGAACCAUGACUCUGGGCCGAGCCACCAGCAGAACCUCCUACACGGGCCGGACCACAGCCUUGGGCAGCAGCCCCAACAUCACCACCACAUCAGACAGCCAGGGCUAUGGGGACCAGAGCCACACCCAGCACCUCCAGGCAGGGGGGCCCUCAGGGCUGCUGAGGCAGGCUGGACGGGGUGGAGAAGGAGGGGGAGAAGACAUCCAGGUUCAGCUCAGGGAGCUGCAGCGAGAGAAUGAACUGCUGAGAAGAGAGAUGGAUGGAGAGAGGGAUGGGAGAGAAGGGAGGAUGAGCUCUUCUGUCAACAGUAGAAAGAACUUCUGGAGCCCGGAGGUGAAAAGUCGAGACAGAGGGAUGAGGAAAGAGGAGGGAACCCUUACAUCCAUCCUGAAGGAACAGAAGUGGGCCUCUCCAGAGGAGGACCAGCAUCUCCAGUUGUCAGUGCAUGGGCUACAGGAAGAGCCGAGAAGUCAUAGAGAGAUGAACAGUCGUCUGCAGCAAGAGAACUCGGGAUCUCACACAAACAUCUCCACUCACACCGGCUCGAACCGAGAACUCCAUAUUGAGGACCACCGGGCUGGCAUCAGCCCUGGACACAGUCCUGGUCUGGGCCCCAGUCACCUACACAGCCCUGGGCAAAGACAUAGCCCCGGCCCUGGUCUAGGAGUCAGCCCCAGACACAGCCCCAGUAGCACCUACAACCAUGGGCCCAGAAACAGCCCUGUCCAUCCCCAUAGCCCUGGGUACAGCUCCAACGUCAGACACCACCAAGCUGACAUCCACAGCCCUGGGCACAACUCUGGGCCUGGCCCCAGACACAGCCCUGCUAACACUCUCAUCCCCUUGUCUAGAAAGAGCCCCAGCCACCUCAUCCACAGCCCUGGCCGUUGCCUCAGCCCUCCCAGCAGCCCAUGCAUGGUCCCUGGGUGCGAUGGCUUCUCCUCUCCCCCUCCCCUGGAUCUGACGGAGGAGAACUUCAGCCGGCUGCAGUCAAAUCACGAACGGCAGGGCAAGGAGCUGUACCUGCUGAGGAAGACCCUGGAAGAGAUGGAGCUGAGGAUUGACUCCCAGAAACAGACCCUAGGGGCCAGGGACCAGUCCAUCCAGAGGCUGCUGGAGAUGAUCCAGGGAGGAGGGAGGGGUCAGCGAGGCGAGAGGUCAGAGAUAAUCACCAUGGCAACAGCACGCGAGGAGGCGGAGUACCAGGUGGGUCAUCUGGAGGAGCAGCUGGACCAGAGGGAGAAAGAGAACCUGCAUUUGAGAGAGGUGUGUGUUUCUUUGUGUUUGUCACUAUAGCUCAGUGGUUCCCAAACUUUUUCCGGCCCACGACACCAUUUUGAUACAUAAAAAGUCUCGCCACCAUGUGAAAAAGCUAUGUAAUUAACAGCCAAUGUUCACUUUUUAAUUUGGUGCUAUGGCAGUCAAUUCAAAAACAUUUGAACAGUAUUUCGGAUUGUCUUCUCAACUCACCAUCACAUCAUUUUAAUGUGGGGCUAUGACAGAUAUGAGCUGACGAAGGGCACCAUGAGUUUCAUGAUGCUUUCAAGACAAGGCCAAAUCAUGACGUCGGUGAUCUUCAGGUCGGAAAGUAUGAGCUCUAGAAAGAGGCCCGUAUUCCCGAGUUGGAAUUCCCAGUUGGAUGACCAUUCAAAAGAUUUUUCCCAGAGGGUCCUUGUUUUUUCCUGAGUUACUAGUUCGGAAGUCGAAGAUUUCCAAGUUCCCAGUUGUUUUGAACGUGGCAUUAAUGGGUAUUCACUUUGAGUCA